CUCUCGUCUUGUCACAAACCAGCCUGGCCGGAGUCACUCACUACUCGGUGUUCUGUGGAUCCCAGAUGAUCCCCCGGGGGUCGAGGUUCGGACCUUUCAAGGGUCGAGUGGUCAACCCAAGUGAAAUGAAGACUUUCGACGACAACGGUUACAUGUGGGAGAUCUUUAAAGACGGCCGACUCAGCCAUUUCCUAGACGGACGAGGGACGGCCGGUAACUGGAUGUCGUACGUCAACUGUGCACGGACCUGCAUGGAGCAGAACAUGCAGGCUUUCCAAGAGGGAGAUUUCAUUUACUAUGAGACAUGUUGUGACGUCAUGCCCGGAACCGAACUUUUAGUCUGGUACUCGGAUGCUUACGACCAGUUUAUGGGGAUUCCCUUGGGGCUCCACGGAAUCGCCAAUAAGAACUCCACAAACAAGGAAGAGCAGGAAGCCGGCACGGGCUACCAGUGCGAGCACUGUGGGAAAGUGUUCACCUACAAGUACUACAAGGACAAACAUCUCAAGUACACGAAGUGUGUGGACCAGGGCGACCGCAAGUUUCCCUGUCAGUUAUGUAACAGAUCGUUCGAAAAGAAGGACCGUCUCCGCAUUCACGUGCUGCACGUGCAUGAGAAACAUCGACCACACAAGUGUGUGGUGUGUGGCAAGAGUUUCAGUCAGUCCUCCAGCCUCAACAAACACAUGCGGGUACACAGUGGAGAGAGGCCCUACAAGUGUGUCUACUGCAACAAAUCCUUCACAGCCUCUAGCAUUCUCAGAACUCAUAUCAGACAGCAUUCUGGGGAGAGGCCUUUCAAGUGUAAAUUUUGUGGAAAAGCUUUCGCCUCGCACGCCGCCCAUGACAGUCACGUGAGACGCACGCAUGCGCGGAGCAAGCGGAUGUCGUGUGAAAUCUGUGGCCUUGAGAUGUCCAGUGAGUACGUGCUCAAAAGGCAUUGUCUGUCACACAUGGGUAAGUCUGUCCUUGUCGAUUUAUGCGUCAUAUCUCUAGGGGCGGCUUUGGUUGUCUUGUCUGUCAGGUAA